GUAAAGCUGUCCCUCUCACUUAUCGGCACAGCAACGUCAUCAAUGAACAGCAGAAGCAACAGAUAUCGAAGCCCACCGUUGUUCGAUUGAACCAUCCCUCUCUGCUUCCAUCGGCGGACUUCAGCGUCGCCAGGAGACCCCAAGUGAACGAUGACGCUCGGCUACGGCGGUGUGUCUCGAUGAUUCAUUGAACAAAACUUCUCCCAACGCUCCACCGGUGGGGCUACACGCGGCCGCAACAGCAACGGCGACGGCGGCUGAUGCUCGCGCGCGCUCGCGAGCUAGUGGGUUCGCUCUCGCGCCACAGUUCAGUCCUCCAAGCCAGCAGUGAGUGUGCGCGCGCGUUAAGAUCGAAGUCCGGGAGGCCGAGCAAGCGAGCGAGCGACCGACCGACCGACCAGACAAGUCUUAAGCAUCCUACCGUGCUGAUCACCGGUGCUCUCGGCUUACCACCAGUGUUUCUUUGCAUGCACGAUCGUGAUCGUGCCCGACUGGUCUGGGAUUGUGUCGUCGCGACAAAGAACAAGCGCCGUGGGCCGUCCAGCCAAGACCCAGUCAGCCAAUAUCGUGCGCCACCCCCCGUCGAGGGUGCAGAAACGUGCAGAAAGAGAGGGUGACAACGGUAGUGGCGCGUGUGUUGUUGUACCUGGGGCCCUGGGCUGGGUUCGGUUGGGUUGGGCUUGUUGUGAUCGAAGCUGGAAGCGAGUGGAUUCCUUUGUGUGGCAAGCGCAUCUCUGGGUGCGAAACGCGCGUAAAACGACACGUACACGCUGCUGCCUGUCUGCUGUCUGCUGUCUGCUGCCGUUGGUGUGUGACACAUAUUGUGGUGUGGUGUGGCACGCGGGUACGGCGAUCGCGAUCGCGGUUCAUCGCGCCGUUGUUCGCCGCCUGCAGGAGGUCCACUAGUGGUGCGCGUGCACGUGUAUGUGUGGCUGUAUACCUGCGUACGUGCGUGCGUGCGACAGUGUUUGUUUGUGUGAAAUUUAAAUAUUAAUCCAACAAGCCAACCGGGAGCGCGAGCGUUAUUACUGCGCGGUGGUCGAGGGCACCACCAUAUUGCACAACGAAGAAGAAGAAGAAGAAGUGGUGCGAGAUCCCCAAGCUAUUCCAUCAUCAUGCAAUCGGCAUCGAAUGAGGAGGACCAGAAUGGAGAUCAAGCGAGCUCGGCGGCGCCGGUCGUUGAGGACAAUCGAUCAAAUGACGGUGCGGCUGGUCAGAUGCUGUACUACUUCGAUCUACCGCAGGACCGAUUUCCCCUAACACACAUGCGCCCGAUCGGCAUAGGAGUACAGGGUGCUGUCUGCAGUGUGGUCGAUGCAGUGACGGGCCGGCAGCUGGCAGUGAAGAAGCUGUCGCAACCAUUCCAGAACGAAACAUUUGCCAAGCGAGCGUACCGCGAGAUCAGACUGAUGCGACUGAUCGAUCAUCCGAAUAUUAUUAAGCUGCUGUACGCGUACACACCCCAGCGGACACUGGAAACGUUCCGCGACGUCUACAUCUUCACCGAGCUGAUGGACGAUAGCCUACGGAGCGUGAUCGGAAAGCAGCUCGAUCACGAUCGCAUUUCCUUUCUCGUCUAUCAGAUGCUGUGCGGUAUCCGGUACCUGCACGCCGCCGGCAUUAUCCACCGUGAUCUGAAACCCUCCAACAUGGUCGUAUCGUACAAUUGCGAUCUGAAGAUCCUGGACUUUGGCCUUGCGCGCAGCGUCGAGACAAGCUUUGCGAUGACACAGUACGUCGUGACGCGGCACUACCGGGCCCCCGAGAUUAUCCUGCAGAUGGAUUACGAUAGCCGGGUGGAUAUGUGGUCCAUAGGGUGCAUCAUGGCGGAACUGAUCACAGGCGAGGUGUUGUUCCCCGGUACCGACCACGUUGAUCAGUGGAUGUGCAUCGUGAGGAAGCUCGGUACACCGCGGCCCGAGUUUAUUGCCCGAACGACACCGGGAACUCAGCGCUACAUCCAAAACCAACCGCCAGUUCCGGGCAUUCCGUUCGAGCAUCUCUUCCCCGACAGUGUGUUCGAUCGAUCGACCAGCAAUCAUCCACAGUUGACGAAUGAGUACGCCCGAGACUUUCUGCGACGAAUGCUGGCAUUCGAUCCGCUGGAACGCUGUACCGUCGAUGAGGCACUGCGACAUCCGUACAUCAACGUGUGGUACUAUGAGCCCGAUUUUCAGCGAUCACCACCGGCGGCACCGUACGAUCACACGAUCGACGCCCAGAAACUGACGGUGCAACAGUGGAAAGCGCUGCUGUUUCGGGAAAUCCAGGACAUUCAGGCCACCAUGACGCUGGACGAUCAUGAGCGCUGACACCUCGUGCACGCGCCACGAUCCGUUGCAUCUCCUUCUUGAGGCUGUUAUCUGUUAAAGAGAUUAGUGUAAGGUUGUGGGGCGUGAUAUGCGGCGCUCUCGAAACCCCUCGAAUGAAACACACUGACCGUUCGCGGCGCAGUGAUCAAUAGAAUUUACUAGGAAAUGUUAGAGUUU